UUAUUUCCCCGGCCCUUGCAGUAGCAGCACCUUCUGGACACUUCCUCCGGCGUGACUCAAGGGAGGGGGCAACAGACUCGCGGCGUCUUCUCAUGAUGCCGGGUGCAGGAGGGGGCAUGAUCGAAUUGCAAAGACGAGCUAGUGAUGAGUGUUGCAGCGAGUGUAAAUGUCCACAGGCUGCAAUGGGUCACAAUGAGCUAGGCUGCUCAGCUGGUGUCAGAUGGCUUGUACAGCCUUUCCACGGGGAAAUCAUUAUGGCCCCGAUAGCAAGCACAAGGCUCGGAGACGUAUCACUCGCUGUCAAGACUGCGGUGGUUCGUUGGGUUCGUCUGUUUCUCAUGAUUUAGCUCCAGUUGCAGGGUAGUAAGAAAAGGAGGGUCUCUUUCAGGUGGGUGUGCUCAGGUUGUUGUUGGUUUGAUUUGGUUCGUGUUACCACCGCGGGCGUCCUUGUUGCGGAUACCGAUUGGUUUGCUCGCGAGGGGGGGGGGAUGUGAUGGGGAGAACGGGCUUGUCGGCGGAGAAUAUGGGUCAUGGCGAGGCUGCAGCGCGCUUGUCGGCACGGGGAUGUACGGAAAAGAUGAGAGUGAGGAGGGAGGUCUGAAAAAUGAAAACAGAAGAGCAAAAAAUUGAACGUUCGUCGCUUGCAGUAAACCUCAACGCAGGAUCAUCAGCGCUAGGUUUGGAGUUUCAGGGCCGUGCGCGCUUACAGUUUGCUUCAAAGGGGAGCAAAUUUUAUACUGUUUCAUCUUACAGGGAUUGCUGUGUUAAGGGUGACAAAGAAGCUCGCCAAGGUGUGAAACUUUGAGGAUAGUAUAUGCUAUCCUUUCCAGGUUUGUCCUGACAUCGUUGACAGUACCAAAUUAGUUGCAGUGGCUUAAAACAAAAUAGGCGAUUUUGAAGUCGGUACGAAGUACUUUUGUGUGGGAAGAAGCGUUGUGGCACGGUGGCUCGGGAUGGACGAGCAAUGGAUGUAUGAAGACUUUACCCAGAUAAAGCCACGGCGGCCCGAAGGGACGACGGUUGCUGCGUGUUGCGAAGAGUGGGAGUCAAACAUGCCAUUUUCGAUGCUGUGGCCGCUGGGCGAGACUUUAAACUCCAGCGCUCAAGCUGGAUUCGACGUCGGCCAACUAAGUACUGUCGAGGACUCAGAUACACUUGACCAUGAGGUACAUGCAGGCCCUGACCAGGAAGACGAGAGUGGGUCGAAGCAGCUGUCUAGCGAGGAGUCGUUGGGAGAGUUUGAGUUCAGUUGUACGUCAACGUCUUCCUCAGCGAUGGUGGAGCGCCUUUGCUCUUCAGGCAUUUCUCCCGCCGAUGAACUUUUUUUCAGAGGACAGCUCUUGCCACUCCACCUGCCUCCACGGAUUCAGAUGGUGAAGAAACUGACCUUGGAUAUGCAACAUCAGCCGCAGCAAGAGCUGCAUCAAUCUUCAGAGCCUUCAGCGUCUGUUAACUCCGAUAAUCAUGGCAACGUAGACACCGUAGAACUUGGAAACUUGGCGAUGUCCCAAGCCAAAUUUGCACGAUUGUUUCAGCCAAUGUAUAAUUCCAAGGGAGUUGCAACUCCGUACCCCAACAAUCCAAACCCUCGACCUGCGUCAGCUAAUGCAUGGUACGAUCCUAGGGAGCUGGCCCAAGAGUUCACUGGCUACAGCUCUGGUCGCGCAUCCUUCACGUCUACUGACCGCGAUUCCUCUGCCGACAGCAGCAGCUCUCGCGACUCCAGCGGCAGCUCUCAGGAUUGCUUCGACAGCGGAAAAGAGAACUUAUAUUCUGGCACUGGGAACCAUGACGGCAAAGGGACGUUCCUGCACAACCGUGAGGUUUUCAGCACGCAGAGCGCCUGUGAACAACGCCGCAGCCCCAGCGGCAUCUCUAACUGGCUCAAACCGCCGUUCAAAUGGAAAGUUCUCUUCGGUGCGAAGAAAUCUAUGUCGAAGCAGUCUACCAUUCCCGUCGGCCUCUCGACCACUUCACACCCCGAUGUCGACGAGCCACAGGAUGCUAAUCAAUCGAAUGAACCCUUCAAUGCACAUCAAGAUAUUCUUUUCUCGGGCAUCCCCACCUCGUUGGAUUGCAGAUACUAUAGCGAUUGCAGCGGGGAACUAACUCACAGCGGGGACCUGCUCGUAAGUUCUCGAGCUUUCGUCCACGGAGAUGGCGUCGAGCAGGACAAGUACAGCUACCAGCGCGGCAUGGAGAAAGCCAAAGGCUACUUGCACCGAUACAUGAAGGUGCUGCAGAAGAGGGCCAGCAGCCAUGGCAGCUCAACACUCAACCCCCCUGCAGUCGAUCAUGCAAACGUAACUCCCAGACCUCCUCAAGCAUCUCGCUCUCCCGCUAUUACCAACACGAAAAUCUUUCCCCCGUUCUCACAGAGCUUUCGAUUCUCCGCCAAGGAUAAGGUUUCCCUUCGCACGAUCAAGAAGCCGCCACAACCCCCCCUGCCAAACGCCGGGCGACGCGUGAGCAUGGAGCUCCACAACGCCAUCCAGGGCGCCAUUGCUCAUUGCAAAGAGUCGCAAACCAGGGAGGACAAUGCUCAAAAACUAUGAACAUCCUACCCUAUCCAAUUCUUUCAGCCCUCGCAUGGAAUUUCGCUUCGGUCAAUCUGUCUGAUCCUUUGCUUGUAACGGGACUAGACUCCCUUACAGAAAGAUUUAUACCGACGGCGAUAAAAUUAUGCUGCAAAACCUUCAACACGCAAGCUCCUCAAAGAGAGAAAUGACCUGUUUUUCUCCCAGUUUCUGUCGCGAUCAGUGAGUACUUGUCUUCUCUGUCUUAAGCAUUUAAGUUCGCUCCUUUCGCGAGCACAGAGAAUCAGUAGAAGUGAAUUGUAAGCGAGUUAUGUCCAACUGUGGGGAAACCGUCCAUGUGAAUUUCAGACACGCGAUGGCGGAGUGUACUCUUUUCCUCUUCCUGUCGAGGUUUCUGUAUUGUACUAUUUCUAGGUUUCUUUGUAAGCCAAGUCAUUUGAAAGGUAAAAUCAAAGCUUUGAGUUCAGUGCUUUGAGCUCAGUGGGUACACAUCCUUUUUGGGGGAAUCUAGUAUCAUGUUUGCGAUGUUAACCUGUCAGGGAUGUCCUCAAGCGGCUGUGACGGCGGCGGCGUUUGGAGUUGACUCAGACCCUCCUCUCCGAACAUCUUUGCUCAACACUUCAGUGCGACGUUGCACCAUCGCAGUUUCACAAUUUGAGAGUAAUGAACUCAUGAAUUGUACCAUUUCUUCUUCGAGGACCGAUAGAUUUCACGUCAAAGACGAACACUGAAGAUGUGAACAAGGGCAUGAGCAAGCUCAUGACUGAAAUUUUAUAUUCUUCCUUGAUCAAUGAGGGAAUGUUGAUUUUUGAUUGCAAAAGAUGUUUUAGUGAUCGGAAGUUGUGAGGUGGAGAUCAAAAUAAAUGGCUUAGUAGCAAGAGGUUAAGAGAAGUUUCAUGAACUAUUUCAUUCUCACUAGUGCAUGUUUUUUUUCUGUUUU